UGUAAGUCAGUCAUGAAGAGUCAGAGAGCAGCUUAACACCUGGCGUCCAAUAGAAUGCCUUGACUUUAUGAUGCUUUAUGCAUUCUAACUUCAGUCAGUCUGCAGCCUCAACGGCUUGACCGCAAGUCUGGACAGCAUGAGCCGGUCCAGCCUUCUCAACCUCAGCAGCCUUGGCAAGAUAUGCGGCUCCGGCCAGAACAACGACAUCGUUCUGGACCGGGUGAAGAGGAAGAACUCGGUGAGGCGCAUGUCGAUUAUUGAAGACGGGGAGCUGGCUGAGGUUCUCUACCUGAUCCCGAAGCAGUCCAUGAUGCAGCAGCUGCCCUUCAUCAACCCGGAGGACUACAUCCUGUGUGAAAAGUUGGCGGGUAUUCCGGCAGAGUUGUCAGUGGUACAUUCCCAGGAGAACUGCCAGCCUUGUCCACCAGCAGUGAAGCACGGCAUCCAGUGCUUCAGAUGUGGAGACUCAUGCAAAGGAGAGGUGCUACGCGUCCAGAGCGGCUACUUCCACUUAAAAUGUUUCACAUGCAAGGUGUGUGGGUGUGACUUGGCUCAAAGUGGCUUCUUCAUGAGGAAUGGAGACUACCUUUGCCCACUGGACUUCCAGCGGCUUUAUGGCACGCUUUGCAACAACUGUGGUGAAUUUGUGGAGGGAGAGGUGAUCACAGUCCUGGGGAAGACCUACCACCCAGCCUGCUUCGUUUGCACCACUUGCAAGCAUCCCUUUCCUGCUGGGGAUUGUGUCACUUUCAGGGGGAGAGAAUGCCUCUGCCAGCGCUGUGUGGAACCCGUGUCUCCUUCAAGUCAUAUCAGCUUAACCAAUAAUUGCACUGGCUGUGGCAGGGAGAUCAAGAAUGGCCAGGCUCUGUUAGCUCUGAAUGGCCAGUGGCACCUGGGCUGCUUCAAGUGUAAAGCCUGCAGGAAGGUCCUGAGUGGAGAAUACAUCAGCAAAGAUGGCAUUCCCUACUGUGAGAGGGACUACCAGACUCAGUUUGGGGUAAAGUGUGAAGGAUGUCAGAAGUUCAUAACGGGAAAAGUCCUGGAGGCCGGGGACAGACAGUAUCACCCUAACUGUGCCAGAUGCAGCAGAUGCGGCAAAAUGUUCAAAGAAGGAGAAGAAAUGUACGUGCAAGGAUCAACAGUCUGGCACCCACAAUGCAAAGAGAGCAGCAAAACUGAAGACAGUUACAGGCCUAACAGAUCAUCGUCUGAAAGCUCCUGUUCCAGACCAGGCUCAUGCACCCCAGGCAGCCCCGGUCGAAUCAUCUGCGGGAAUCACGUGGAUCAGUCGCUCGUGCACAGAGUUUCUUUGUAACAGGACACUGAAAGGAAUAACAAACGAAACCAACAAAAAUAUUAGAAUAUUAGAAUCAAUGCAGUUGUCACUGAAACAGGUUUUAGGUCCUCUAUACUCUUUUUUUAAAAUAUUUCUCUUAACCUUGACUCAUCGGAAAUAGUUUCAUGUUGCUUGUGAGAGAAAAUGUGAUUUUAAUAGGGGUUUGAUGAUGUGGAGCCCCUGAGUUAAAUUUUCUCAGUUUAUUCACGGAUAUUCUGAGAAAAUCAGCCGCAUAUACAGCAGGAAUUGAUUUGCCCAAUCAAUUGUAUGCACUCAGUUUGAGUCUGAUCGCAUGGAAUGCUGCUUUUAGAGUCCUGUCCUUCCCCCGACUUCUGGUAAUCCUUGACUACCCCAAUGUAUUUUUAAAAAAGAGAAUAAACUUUAUACCCAUCAACACACCUUUCAUUGUGAGCUGAAAACUUUAAAACCUGAACAAACUUUGUAUUUACAGCCCUUAUUGCUUCUUCAAUCGGACAAACCAGGAGAAUCUGGUUGCCUCAUGUGCCAAAUCCAGACAAACGUGUGUUGUGGGAUUAAAGUUUAAGUCCCCCCCGCAGUGAUGUAAUGAGAAACCUCUGAUCUUCAGCCUGACCUGACUAUUACUGUCUUGUCAUUCUCCCUCCCUUUCUUGUACCCUUUUCCUCACCCUUUUCCUCCCCUCUCCUCCCAGGCAAAAGUAGAUAAUGAGAUCAUUGAAUACCGCGACUUAGCAGCAAUUCCCAGAGUCAAGGCUAUAUACGAUAUAGAGCAUCCUGAAAUGAUAUCUUAUAAAUCUGCAAACGACUCCUCUGCUUUGGAUGAAAAAUGCAACAGACAAGACUUUCAGAGCCCCGCAGAGGGCCCAGGAAACACGCCUGUUGCCACAGAGGAGGGAUUUGAGAAGAAAACACAUGUGCCAAAGUCUUCAAGUCAUGGAGCUUUUGGGAUCCAUAAUACAUAUCGCCACAGCUACACUCCGACUCUGCCCAGGUCACCUCAACACUUCCACCGACCAGCUGAAGAAGGCUUCAAUAUGUACAGGAGGCCUCCAAUUUAUAAACAGCAAGAUCCAAAUUCCUCCGCAUCCCAAACGACGUCUUUGCCAAGAUAUGGACAUAACUUCCUGAAUCUGGUAAGAGCUCCAUAACCUCCACAUGUCCCUCGUUUCACAUAUCAAGGUAUUCCAUUUAAGUUACCAUUUGGAUGUAUUACUUAGCUGAACUAUCUCAAAAUAAGGCAUUUUUAUCACUGCUUCUUUGACUUGGCAAAUCUAAAAAUAGAACAGCUAAGAUGAGAUAAGUAUAGUUAGUCCAGUCAGUACAUAUAUGGAAUCAUUUUUUUUCUAUUUCCAAGCCUCAGUCAGCCGAUUUCUCCCACAACAAUGACAGAUUCAAUUUCAAGGCAAGAAAAAAAAAAUCCUGGUCCACACUGGUCCAUUGCAUCACUUAAAUACACACGUUGCAUGUUUGGAGAACGCUUCCAGCAAGUCAGAGUCAGAUAACAAUUCUACUUUGAUUGAUAGCACAAGGAACUGACAAAAAUAUUGCCAGAAGAACUAAAUCUUUUCCAAUAUUAAAUAAGGUUACCAUUGAAAGUGAAAACUCUUUGAUUAGACAUGUUUUAAUUAUACUUUAUCCAACCAUUUGGCUCUUUAUGUUUUCCCCUCUGCAUGCGUUUGCUUCAUCUUUUAGUUCAUAAGUGAUUAUGAACUAACACGAAUGGACCGAGGAGUGUCUAUGCCUAAUUUGCUGGAACCAAAAGUAUAUCCAUAUGAAGUGCUCGCUGUUACAAAUAGAGAACGAACGAAGCUUCCCAAGGAUGUCGACAGGACAAGACUUGAGAGCCAUCUGUCGCCUGGGUCAUUCUUCAAGAUCUUUGGCAUGAAUAUCCAAGCAUUUGACAGGCUUCCGCUCUGGAAACAAAAUGACAUGAAGAAGAAGGCAAAUCUGUUCUAAUUGCUGCCUAAUGCUUGUUUUACUUUUGUGGUGUCAUGGCAUUCAUUCAAGUUCUGGUGGACUUUAAUGGUAUUAUUAUGAUUGUUCUUAUUAAUAAUAAUUUCAAUUGGGAAAAAUUAUGGGAAAUAACGAAAGAUGGUGGAAGGUAGAAAAACUGAGAACAGAAGAACUCAUCUUGGAUAGGAUGUUUUUGUUUUGUUUUCGUCCUGGGAAUGUGUUCACAUUGAACAGUUUAGUUUUGCGCAAUUUAGAAAAAAGGGGAAAAAAUCUUGCAUUCGAUUCUCUGAGGCUUCACAUCCUGUUCAGACUGAUGUGUCUGGUGCACACCCACGUUAAGUGAUCUUAUUUGCCUCCCGUGUGCAUCUUCACUACUUCUCAGCUGAUCUGGACCCUGGAGUAACUGCACGGUCAGUGACACCGGUCAGAAGAUGAAGCAUACUGUAAAUUUGUGCUCUCAGAUCACAGCACUGGUCACUGUAUUCCUGUCUGAGUCUGGUGGAGAUCACCAGUACCACCCCUUGUAAAAAUAACCCUCCUUCAACUAAUUUAGUGAUGACUGGAUGUUAAUUUGACCAUGAUGUUGAAUUUUGUUAAUCAUAUUACUCUGUUGUUUCCUGUCCACAUUGUUACAUGUUUUUAGCAUAAAUCUAAGAACAUAUUUAAGAAUUUUGUGAAUAGGUUGUCAGUGAAAAUGGCUUCAUUGUAUUUUUGAAGGAACAAAUAUGAUGAACUAGUGCUGAUGUAUAACACUGAAUAAGCUGCUUUGUAACCUGUUGCUGCAUAUGUACCUUUACUUUGCUGCUCACCUCAAGCGUCCUAAAUAAAAUCUUACACUUCUUAUUAGGUGAAUGAGGAUGUUUUUAGUGACAUGUUAAAUGCAGUGCACAGGUCUCACCCUCUGGAGCAUCUGCUUGGAAUCUGAAAAACAUGCAGUUUUCCGCUUUCAAGUGCACUUCAAAGAGCCUGCUGCUGAUGACAGACACUCCUGCUCCGGGUUCCUCUGCUCUGAGCGCACACCUGGCCACGACUCCAGGCUUUUUGUCCUUUGUGUGCAAUGCUACCAGACAUCCCGUCCCUAAGGUAAAAUUCAGGAGACACUACAUCCGUUUUAAAAUUAAGUGC